AUGGAGAGGAAAGAGCAGCAGUUACUUUUAGGAAAGGAAACAAGCUCAGAAAUUGCAAACCAGUCCUUUCAGACGCUAAAAGAAAUAGUACUGAAGUGGUUUCUGGAGACACAGGCUGCAAUAAUAUUAGAGAAUGGUACUUUUCCUGAAUGGUUCCAUGGAUUCAUCACAAGAAAGCAGACUGAAGACAUGCUGAGAAAAAGAGAUGUUGGCUGUUUUUUGAUCAGACUAAGUGACAGAGCAAUUGGUUAUAUUCUCUCGUACAGAGGCAAAGAUCGAUGUCGGCAUUUUGUCAUCAAUCACUUGAGUAACGGCUGCUAUGUUGUGUCUGGGGAUACCUGCGCUCAUGAAAGUCUUGCAGAAUUGAUAAGCUACUACAAAACAACUGUAAUUGAGCCGUUUGGAGAAAGUCUUACAACUGCCUAUGCUAAGACAGCUGACAAAAGUGUAUACGAUGAAACCACUUGGCAUCAGAAAAAUAAACCAAACAAUAAGACAAUAGCUUCUUUAUUUGCAAAGGAAAUGUCCGGUAGCUCAACAGCCACAGUACCAGUGGGUAACACCUACAGCAAUUCUGAUCACAGUGAGAAACUCCUAGAUUUCUCUUCAAGAUCAAAAAUAACAUUUCACGAUCAUUUGCAGAAAGCUGAGGAUUCUGACAUAGCUCCACCACUGCCAGAGAGGAGCAGCUUGCUCACAUUUGAGACCCUGAAGCAUGAUUUAGACAAACAAGACAACAUUGUAUACGCAGAGCUGAACAAACGCCUUCUAACUGACACAACUAUUGCUCUGGAGACGCAGACUGCUACAGAGAAAUGCCUUGAAAAUUCAGCUUGCCUGUCAACCAGUACUCAGUGGAAACAGGGCACAAAUAUAAGCACAGUUUAUACCAUGACCAAGCAAACUGAAUGUACAUACAGCAAAAAUAUUGAUCUUCUAAAGCCAUCUCCUCCAGAAAUCGUGUAUGCUGAACUUCAGCUGCAGCAAUGCAAAAAUCACUCAUUUCUUCACAGUCAGACACUCCAUUCCCUAACUCUUCCUCUAUCAAGUGCUCCAGAAAACAAGCUGACAUUAUAUUCUCCUGCUUCUCUGCACUCUACGUUCACUCCAAAAUUACCCAACAAAGCAAGAUCCACCACAGAGUCCCAAAGCUCAGAACAGCAGCUUGCAACCUAUGAGACCUCUCUCCACUUUAGUGAAGACCUCAGAAAAUCUGAUGAGAAAGUCUCUUAUGAAUCACUGAAACACAGAAUGUAUGGGCAGAUUGAGAAGAUGAAGUCUGGCUUUGAUAACGUGAGCACUGUUUAUGAGCAGAUUCCUACUGCAUGGUUGAAGUCUUUCGGCUCAGAUCAGGCUUCAGAGAGAAUUUGUAUACCUUCUUUAAUGCAACCUAUUGUUGCUUAUAAUCAGACAUCAACUAAGAAUAAACAUAUUCUCAUAUUCCAUAACAGAGAUCUAUGCUGA